CGCGCGGGGCGGGCUCGCGAGGUAAACAAGAUGGUGGCCGCCCGGUAACGCAGUUGCGGCUGGCAACUCUUCUGGGAGUGUUGUAGGCGCGCGCCGGCGUACCUGCGCACCAAGAGUCGGAACGGGUGGAGUGCGGACCUUAGUGAGAGCUGGUCUGAGGCGCGUCGCUCGCGGGACGGUUGACUCCGGCGCGAGAGAGGAAGAAAUAGGAGCAGUGAGUGAACGUCGACGAUUCGCUUCGAGCAGAAAAAGCUGCUGUUUGCUGUCUCGCUUCGCCAUUUGAUAGAGGUCCUGUGAUGCCUGAACAAUGAAUGAAUGAAUGAAGCAAUGGAAGACCAGGGGGUUAGAGAUGAACUGUCUAAUACUGCUUGAAUUUCUGAUAAAAAUCAGGCAGUAAGCAAAUCGAUGAUGUUGAACCAAAACAUAAACAAGGGCUGUCUGUCUGGUGUGUUUUUUUGCGUUGCACAUGUCAUGUAUCUGUCCUGGAUUAGGUUGCAUGGCCACUUCAAUAUGGUGCAGAGAUUGCUGAGAGCGGGAUGGAUUUUGCCAAUCACUUUUUCAAACUGUCAGAAUCUACCGGAGAUUUACAUACACACACACACACAGCCGCAUUCGGCAUUGCCUUUGUCUUGUUGUCCAUCCAGCAAACUCGACUCCUCGCAAUGCAAACAGCACCCUUAGGUCUAGUGAAACACUUGAUUCUUUGACAAGUUUGACAAAAAUAAUGAGAUGUUACUCAUCUGUUGUUAAGUUCUAGGUUUCCAUUUACUUUAUUGUAAUUUUUUCCCUCCUGCCUCGAAUAGAUUAAUAUAACUAAUAACUAUUGUCGUAGGGGCAGAGAUGAGUGCGAAUGACCUUGAAGAGUUUGACUGGUUGGCAGAGAAUGAGCUCGUGGGAACGGUCGCCUUUAUCCAACACGUCAGCUCCACGGAGGUGAUAUAUCAGCCCCGCCGCAAGCGAGCCAAGUUGAUCGGCAAAUACCUUGUGGGGGAUCUUUUGGGUGAGGGCUCUUACGGCAAGGUCAAGGAGAUGCUGGACUCUGAGACCCUGUGCAGGAGAGCAGUGAAAAUCCUCAAGAAGAAGAAGCUGAGGAGGAUCCCCAAUGGAGAGGCUAAUGUUGAAAAAGAAAUCCUGCUGCUACGAAGACUACGACACAAAAACGUGAUAGAGCUGGUGGAUGUUUUGUACAAUGAAGAGAAGCAAAAAAUGUAUAUGGUGAUGGAAUAUUGUGUGUGUGGGAUGCAGGAGAUGUUGGACAGCAUACCAGAAAAACGGUUUCCAGUGUUUCAAGCUCACGGGUACUUCUGCCAGCUCUUAGAUGGCCUUGAAUAUUUGCACAGCCAGGGAAUCGUUCACAAGGACAUUAAGCCAGGGAAUCUACUGCUGACAAAGGACGGCUCGCUAAAAAUCUCUGACCUUGGUGUAGCGGAGGCCCUGCACCCGUUCGCAGAUGACGACACGUGUUACACCAGUCAGGGCUCCCCUGCCUUUCAGCCCCCUGAGAUUGCCAAUGGCCAGGACAAAUUCUCAGGGUUCAAAGUUGACAUUUGGUCUGCUGGUGUCACGCUAUACAACAUUACAACAAGUUUGUAUCCGUUUGAAGGGGACAACAUCUAUAAGCUAUUUGAAAACAUUGGGAAGGGUGACUACAGUAUUCCGGAAGACUGCGGACCCCUUCUUUCAGAUCUUCUCAGAGGAAUGCUUGAACAUGACCCGGUAAAGAGGUUCUCGAUGCAACAUAUCAGACAGCACAACUGGGUGCGUAAGAAACACCCACAGUCAGAAAAUUCAGUGCCCAUCCCCCCAAGUCCAGACACGCAUGACCAGUGGCGCAGCAUGACAGUCGUGCCCUACUUGGAGGACCUGCAUGGCUAUGUGGAGGAAGAGGAUGAGGAGGACAAGUUGCUCGAUGGCCAGGAAAACAUCUACACUAAGGAAGUUGCACUGCCUGGGCAGAACAGGCAACAUCAGCACCGUGGUGACACCAAGGCUGCGUGUCUCAAAGGCACGGAGGCAGGGCGGUUCAGCGUCAAGGCCAGAUUGGAGCGCAGGGCCAGCUCCUCUUCCAACCCCUCCCGGAGGAGCGUUUCGGCUACGAGCAAGAUACACAAACUCUCGGCCUGCAAGCAGCAAUGACCCCAGCGACAUCCUGCUCCCCAGCCAAGUUCACACGCUGCACUGGUGAGUGUCAGGAGCGCAGCGGUAGCAGUCGGAUCAGGGAACGCAAAAGGACAAAAGUCUGCUAUGCACCACGGAUGCUGAGCUUAACCUGUUGUGCACUGUUAAUGCUCAUGAAUGUAACCAUAGGCAAUUAAUCCCUCAGUAAAAAUAGAGUAUGAGUAAAAGCCGAAAACGGCUAACUAAUAAUAAUCAUAGUGAUAUACGUAUAGCCUGGAUUAUUUACUGUAACUCUUAGUCAAUAUAGUAAACAGUCAUCAGUUUAUGAUGUCAUGGCUUAUUGCCAACCUCUAUUGAAGCACAGAUAAAUGGGUUUUCAGUUGCUGCUCCCGAAAGUGUUCUUUAAAGUAGUCAAGGUGAAGCUCUGUGCUCGAUUCACAAUCCGGCAGCUUGAUUUAAAAAGUCAUAUGUGAGAUUUGUAUGGAGGAGAUGGGCACCACUGCCCACAGCUUGCGUGGGGGGUGGCGGAGGAGACCCUGGUCUUGGUUGAGUGAGCAGAGAAUGCUGCCGUGUGGGAGUGUGUGUGGGAGGCUGGAGAGAGCUGCAGCCCUAAUCAGCUUUUCAGGAUUUCCUCUCUUCUUUUUUUUCCCCCCUUCCCCCACAAUCCCCCACAAUCCCUCACAAUCCCCCAAUGGCACCUGCUCAUUCAUGUGGACUCCUCUCCCCAUGAUUCACUCAGUCGCUGGAACAUUCACAGCCUUUUAACAAGUGCCUUCAGCCUGCACUCUUUUUUUUUUAAAAUUUUUUUUAAAGACUGUUACGUUGUGGGUAGCUCUUUUUACAGAAUAUGUGGGCUUGAUGCUUUGCUACUUGUUUUUUGUUUUGUUCACCUUUUUGAUAUUCGGGUUUAUGGAAUUGCUUCUCUUCACUGGAUUUCCAAAUAAUUGUUUACAUUUGUACUUCCCAGCUGUGGGUAGUAGUACUUCUUUUAUUAAUUCCUUUUUCUGGUUGUUGAUCCCAGUUCUGAUGUAACAAAAUAGGUGGAUUUAGAAGCAUGUUUAGAAGAAUAAAACUGGAAUUUCUUCACGUGAUGAUCCGUAUGCACACAUUCCUUACAUAACUCGGGUCAAUUAAUUUUGUGAAACCGCCCUGUGAAAUCCCAUUGUGAAGGUGUUGAAUUAUUGUUUCAAAUAUGUUGCCAAAAAUUAAAAUACCAAAAGAUAUUUUAGUUAAUAUAGAGAAUGGUUACACAAUAUAUUUUACAGUAUUUGUAGCAAAAUUAAUAUUUCUAGAUUUUCUUUUAAUAUUAUAUUCACAUUUCUUCAUUAUCGGUUACUGUUUGUCCAGUGUGUGGUUGUGGAGGUCCGGACCCUACUUCAGUAACAUAGGACAUGAAGCAGGGUCCAUCAUGAAUGGAGGAAUUUUGAGAAUUAUGGAUAAUUACUCUGGAUUUAUCAAUUAUGGAUAAUUGCUAAUGGUUUUCUUAUUGAAGAAGUAUGACUAAAACAGCUGGAUUGACAUUAGGAAGAGACAAAUGUGUAUCUCCCAAAAUGUCUGCUAUAAGAGGCAGUGUCAUUGUAUAGAAUGAAACACCUCUUGUGGAAGAGAAAUGAUUUUAUUUGCCAAAGCGUUCCCACGUACCUCCUCUACUCGUCUCUCUGCACUCGCUUCCUAUAGCUGCCCGAAUCAAAUUCAACACCCUGGUUAUUGUCUACAAAUGCAUCAAUAGAACU